GCCGGGCCCACCCCGAGCCUGCGCCGCCCUGGCUGCGGUCGCCGCUCUCCGCCAGUGGGGAAGGCGUAAGACGACGCUACUCCGAGAGAGUCCCGGCUGGCUGCAGUCUGCGCUCGAAGCGGCGCCAUGCUCGGCCUCCGAAGCUGCCUGACCAGGGUUCUGGCCGCGCGGACGCUCGCGCCUCAGGUGUGCUCAUCUUUUGCUACAGGCCCCAGACAAUAUGAAGGAACGUUCUAUGAAUUCCGUACCUAUUAUCUUAAGCCCUCAAAGAUGAAUGAGUUCCUGGAAAAUUUUAAGAAAAACGUUCAUCUUCGGACAGCUCAUUCUGAAUUGGUUGGAUUUUGGAGUGUAGAAUUUGGAGGCAGAAUGAAUAAAGUGUUUCAUAUUUGGAAGUAUGAUAAUUUUGCUCAUCGAACUGAAGUUCGGAAAGCCUUGGCCAAAGAUAAGGAAUGGCAAGAAAAAUUUCUCAUUCCCAACUUGGCUCUUAUUGAUAAACAAGAGAGUGAGAUUGCUUACCUGGUGCCAUGGAGCAAAUUAGAAAAACCUCCAAAAGAAGGAGUCUAUGAACUGGCUACUUUUCAGAUGAAACCUGGUGGGCCAGCUCUGUGGGGUGAUCCAUUUAAAAGGGCAGUUCAUACUCAUGUCAAUCGAGGCUACUCAAAACUAGUUGGAGUUUUCCACACAGAAUAUGGAGCACUCAACCGAGUUCACGUUCUUUGGUGGAAUGAGAGUGCAGAUAGUCGAGCAGCUGGGAGACAUGAGUCUCAUGAGGAUCCCAGAGUUGUGGCAGCGGUUCGAGAAAGUGUUAACUUCCUUGAGUCUCAGCAGAAUAUGCUUCUGAUUCCUACCUCAUUUUCACCGUUGAAAUAGUUUUCCACUGAAAUAUGAAGCAUUUCAUUAACUGCCAUAAGAUGUGUCUGCCAAAGGUGCUUAAAUUCUCCCAAGAGAUUCUCAUUUUUAUUUGAAGGAGGUGGUGAGUUAAUUCACUAUGUCCCUUGCAUUUUUAAAAGCUACCUUUUUACAUAGUCACGACAACUUCAGGAACUAGUUCUGUUCAUUUUCCCCUUGGCAUUUCAGUAACUGUCAUACGUUAUAAAAAUACUUUUAAUUACUACAAGAUCUUGAUUUUUCACUUGUUUCAGAAUAUCUCUUAUUCUCUAUUUUGACAAGCUUCUGCUUUUAUAGCAUUUUAUUAUAUUCAAAUGAUUACAUUUCCAUGCCUGUGAUAAUAUUUUUAAUUAUUUAUAUACAUUGUCAACCUUUUCAUUGUUUCUGUUUUUCUGAGAUUUUCAAAGUUUUUUCCAAUAAAGUUUAUUUUGUAAUACUAAAGAGGAUUCAUAAAAACAUUAAACAUAUUUCUUUACUAUGGAAAAGUAUAUCAUCUGUGUCACCUGUAUUAAUUAUGGUUUUCACAUUAAUAAUUCAUCACUUACUUGAAAAAUACUAUUAGGUCCUGGUAUUAAAAAUCUCAGUUGAAGAUUCAUUGGUUUAUAUGCUGAAAUGUCUUCAUUUACAGUUAAUUUUACUAAUUCUUUAAUUUGGAUCACUGUUUGAGAGAGAUACUUGGGACAUCUGUUUGUUUUAAUGAGAGAUUUAUGGUUAUGGAAAUGUUUGCCCUAAUAAAAGCCUAUAUAACCA